UUGAUGGAAAACUUCACGUUGAACAGCGUCACCCUGCAGCUGGAGGGGUUAAAGGUCACACAGGUUUCUGUCUACCCAGUCUUCUUCUUCUUCUUCCUCUCCUACAUCCUCAUCAUCUUAGCAAACAUCGGCAUCGUGGUGCUGGUGUUCAUAGAUAAGAACCUUCACCAGCCCAUGUACCUGCUCUUCUGUAACCUGCCCGUCAAUGACAUCGUGGGAAACUCCAUCAUGUUGCCCCGGGUGCUGUCAGACAUCCUGCGUCCGCCCUCCGAGCGCCUCAUCAGCUACUACGAGUGUGUGCUUCAGGCGUUCACCACUCACAUGUUCGGCACCACCUCUCACACGAUACUGAUGAUCAUGGCCUUUGACAGAUACGUGGCCAUCUGUAAUCCUCUGCGUUACGCCGCCAUCAUGACCAACAAGAUGGUGGUCAAGCUGACCGUGUCUGCCUGGGGCGUGGCCUUUGUUCUGGUGGGGAUUCUGCUGGGUUUGACCAUAAGACUGAACCGAUGCAGGACAAUGAUCAUGAAUCCUUACUGUGACAACGCCUCGCUGUUCAAACUCUCCUGUGAGAGUGUGUUUAUUAACAAUGUCUACGGCCUCACGUUCACCGUGGUCCUGCUCUCAGCUUCUAUUGGCAGCAUAGUUCUCACCUACGCUAAGAUCACAGUCGUGUGUGUGACCAGUAAGAACCAGUCUCUGAACAGUAAGGCCCUGAAGACCUGCAGCACUCACCUGAUGGUGUACCUGAUCAUGCUGUGUAGUGGAAUGGUCACCAUUACUCUGCACCGCUUCCCUCAGUACUCUGACUACAGGAAGCUGUCGGCCAUUCUGUUUCACGUCAUCCCCGGCAGCUUGAACCCCGUAAUAUACGGAGUCCAGUCCAAAGAGAUACGAAGGUUUCUGUCUAAACUGAUUCAGUCCAGAAAAGUCUCAUAA